AGCUGCACUCUAGCGUCGUUUCUUUCACGAAAUCCUUUCGGCGCACCCAGAGUAACGGAGCGAUGGCAGAGUAAAGAGGGAUUAUUUCGAUUUUCUCUCAUCUAUUCCUUUGGUGUUGGUCGUGUUUUGUCCCUCAUGGGCCGAUUCGUGACUCGUGCGCUUGUUCAAGUUCUGUAACUUACGCUCAAAUUUCGAGUCAAGCGCCCCGCUGAAGGAAAUACAUCUUCUUUACUUAUUUUUUCAGCGCGUGUAUCGUUCGACAUUUUCGUUAUUGGUUUCAGCAGUAAACAUAUAACAGGAAAUCAACUCUAACUGAUCUUGCCAGCUGCAGCCAUGGUCGUCGCCCGUCCGAGCUCGCGCCAUCUCCCCUCGAUCUGGAAGCGUCUCUCGUCUACGACAACUUUCACCGCAAAAGCCAUCCCUUCGAAGUCGCAUCUUCACCAGCCGAUUCCUGACUCCCAUUUCCCCAAGGGUUACGCGCUCACAGGCCUCCAUUGCGGCGUCAAAAAAGACCCAUCUGCGCCCGACCUUGCCGUCCUCCUCUCCACCUCCCCAAAUUCUACUGCCUCAGCCGUAUGCACGACCAUAAACGCCUUCAAAGCCGCUCCAGUCCUCGUCACGAAGGACGUGCAGGAGAAAACGGCAGGCAGGGCUCGGGCUUUAGUCGUUAACAGCGGCUGCGCCAAUGCUGUUACGGGCACGAAAGGCAUGGAGGACGCCUGGGCGAUGAUGCGCGCGACCGAUGCUCUCCUCGACCAUCCUCAAUCCAGAGAAAGCUCGAGCGAAAAGCCAGGCGAGACCCUGGUCAUGAGCACAGGUGUCAUCGGUCAACUCCUCCCCAUCUCUAAAAUCCUCGCAGGCAUCAAUGCCUCUCGCUCUACCCUCGGUUCGGCAUUCUCGUCUUGGGAACUCUUCGCUAGGGGAUUCAUGACGACCGAUACGUUCACGAAACUUCGGGCGAGGACGUUCAGUAUCAAAGGCCGAGAGUAUCGGAUGGCUGGCGUUGACAAGGGCGCGGGUAUGAUUCAUCCUAACAUGGGUCCCGUAGGACCCCCGCAUGCGACGUUGCUUGGAUGUAUCGUGACCGACGCGCCUGUGUCUCCUUCGUCGUUGUCGAAGGCGUUGACGUACGCGGUGGAGAGGAGCUUCAACUCUAUCAGCGUGGACGGCGACAUGUCGACGAAUGACACGAUUGUGGCGUUCGCGAACGGUGCGGCGGUCGAGAAGGGAGAUGUGGCAGCUGUGGAGAUCGACGAGGCGAAAGACGAAGAGGCGUAUAUUGGGUUCAGGGAUGAGCUUACGGGCUUCGCACAGGAUUUGGCGAAGUUGGUGGUUAGGGAUGGUGAAGGUGCCACCAAGUUUGUUACCGUCUCUGUCGAGGGCGCAGCCACCUACUCCGAUGCCCACAAGAUUGCUUCCCGCAUCUCGACCUCCGCACUCGUGAAAACUGCCUUGUACGGCGAAGACGCAAACUGGGGCCGCAUCCUCGCCGCCACCGGCUCCCUCCCCCUCUCCACUCCUCUCAACCCAUCCGCCGUCUCAGUCUCCUUCAUCCCCGUCCCUCCUUCCGCCCCAACCUCGACCUUCAAUUUUACCCCACUCGCCCUUCUGGUCAACGGCGAACCGGAGAACGUCGACGAGGAGAGAGCAAAGGAGAUCGUGAGCCAGGGUGAUCUGGAGAUUAGGGUUGAGUUGGGGAUGGGGAAGGAGAGCGCGAAGUAUUGGACUUGUGAUUUCAGUUAUGAAUACGUGCGCAUCAACGGUGAUUACCGCUCAUGAUGCGCGCGACACCACGACCCGACUGUGCUUGUUGUUGUCCCAGUCAUGGAUCCUCGCGCCAAGUAUUAUAGACGACCUGCGCUGGACUGGCUAUUAGGGGAACAUGCUGAUACUCUGUAUUGUUGGUGGGCUAACAAAACGCGUACCGUGUAGCUAUGUAGAAUGACUUUUGAAUGAAAAAAUGGGUUGCGCAUGGAUUGAAUUGGAUAUGAUGGGAUGAGGGAAUGUUAUGGUAUGAUAUGGAUGGGAUUCAGAAAGAAGGAGAGAUAUGAGCAACGACGAGAGCGAUAGUGCCUAUUCCACAAAACUCAGGACGAAAGAUCAAAAACAAAAAAACAAAAGCUCGAAAGAAAACCAUAAUGUACGAACGAAACUCCCUGAUGACCAUGACCAUCCAUUACUUCCAUCUGUGAGUAAGGCAAUUUCAUGCGUCGAUGAUCGAGACCGAGGGAAGUUCGAGAAACCAACCAAAUAUGUAGACGAUGAAUGCGAAUAAAGAUAGGUAUAUCAUAUCGGAGGGAAGAAAGAAAGCUUCCCAAACGCGAGUCCCUUCCACAACCUUUAGCCCCUUUCCCGCCACGCCGCGCCACAUUUUGGACUGGGACAAACUUGCGCCACACUCCUUCCUUGGGCCACAUCGCCGAACAACCAGAUCGAGCACCCCUUGCUGCCAACCUCCAGCGCAAAAGGUGAAGAGCUUGAAGACUACUUCCUGGUCUUCGCCUGCUCCGCCAUCUUCGCCCUCUCCACCUCCCGCUUGUGCUUCGCCAACACCUCCAACCUCUCCUUCUCCGCGUCCAACUUCGCCUGUUUCUGAGCAUCGCGCUUCGCCGCGUUCUGCCGUUGUUUCUUUGACAUUUCUCCUGAGCUCGACAUCCCGCCACCGCCUCCACCGGAGGAGGUUUGACGGCCUGUUGCGCUGAGUUUUGAACGCGACUUGCCCUUGACGACUCCCCAGCCACCCUCAUCGUCCUCUCCAGAGGCAUCGUUAUGGCUAUCCACCUGCACACCUUCGUAGUCGUCCCAGCUGAAUCCCUUCGCUGGUUGUUCGCCUGGUGCAGGACGAACCUUGAGGACACUGGGAGGCUCAGGGCCGACAUCUGAGGCAUCUUCACCAGACUGGCUCUCUGCUUCGUCCUCGACGGACGACCCACCCGUGCCAGUGACCGACGUCGUAAUGCCCGCAUCACUGGCACUCAUCGUCCUCGCGCUCGCAGUCAAGUCCUUCCCCUGUCCACCCGUCUCCGCGCCACUCUCACCUCCGGUUACACUGCCAGCGGCGACGUUACGCUUCUUGCCCUUGCCGCGUGACUCGACACGGGUCCAGCGCUCCUCUUCAGGAGGUACGAGAUGGGUAGCGAAGGCGGAAGGAGAAGGAGCCUUUUGCUGGGUCUGUGAGGAAGUGGUGGUGGCGGUAGUGGGCUGAGGAGUGGCUGUGCCCUCUGCCUUGGCCUUCUUCGACUUCUUGGAUUUGGAUUUCGAGGCCUUCGUAGCGGACGGUGCUGGUGCAGGCUCUGGGAUAGGCGUUGCGUCCACCUCCGAAUCAUCCUCCGACGCCGUCUCGAUGAACGCCCUCGGCUGACCCACCGGAGCCGUGCUCACAUCCUUCUUUGCCUUCUUACCCUUCUUCUUCUUCCUCUUCUCAGGUCCAGCGCUCGAAGCAGGCCCUGAUUCCUCCGCUGUUGACGCUGUUCCGAAGUCGCCAGGGAUGACGGCCGGGAACGGAACGACGACGGGCCCACUGCCAGCUACCGCGUCCUUCUCCGCUUCUGAAGCAGCGAGGUCUUGGGAUUUACCACCUUUACGCUUCGAAGUUUUCGGUUUCGGUUUUGAUUUGUUGGAGGUGGUAGAGGGUUGGGAGUGAGCAUUGUGGUAGAGGACGUAGCCGCCUGCGGCUGCAGCGGCGACGACGACGGCCGUAAGAAUAGACUCCGUAGACGCGAUAGUGUUACUAUGAGAUGAUCCCAUCCUGAAUGUCUUUUUGAUAACCUAGAUGCGGUAAUAGACGAAGAACGUGGACUAAUGCCUGCGCGAGUAUUGGUGGUGUCGGGUGAACGUGAGCGUUGGCAAGGAAAGAAUGUGGGGGGCUAUUGAGCGCUCAG